CAUCAUGACACUGGCGGACUAUGAGACCAUCAAACACAUUUUCGAAGAGCAGUUCAUCAAUGGCGAACCCCUGUUCAAUUCCAUUACCGGACCAAUAGAUCCCGAAAUGUGGAAUCUUUAUGAUGAAUAUCAUCAAUCGAUGAUAGCUGCCGGAACCAGCGUGGUGGCCAUCGAUGAUGAGGAGAAGGAUGGACGCGUUGUGGGCUUUGUGCUGGCUGAAGGACAGAGCAUUGACGAUGUGGAGAAGCACCGCCAAGAGGCCGAAUGCAUACCGGACACAGAUAUCAUCGGUCACAUAAAGCGUAUAAUCUCCAAAGUGGAAGUCGAGGCAAAUAUCUACGAGCGGUAUGGAGUAUCCAGACUGCUGUACUCCCAUUUGACGUCUGUGGAUGUAUCGAUGCGUGGCAAGGGAUUGGGUUCGCGUCUUGCCACCAGCGCCAUGGAUCUGGGACGAUCCAAAGGUUAUCCCCUGAUGACGGCUUUCUGUUCGAGUUUUUACUCGGCGAGACAGAAGGAGGCCAUGGGAAUGGAAUGUAUCUAUUCGUUGAAGUUUGAGGACUACAAGGAUACAGAGGGUAAAGUGGUUUUUACACCACCGGAGCCUCAUAAGGAGAUACGGGUAGUGGCCAUAAAAUUAUAAGAGAUCCCCGAUCCCAUCCAAGACUUUAAUCAGUAAUAAAAUAUUAAUUUUGUACAUAUUUAUUAACCCUUGGAACCAAACACAUUAUGAAUAAUAAGUUACUGAAAAACAAAGCUCCAUAUUUGUUCCACUAUGACAUCCUAAUAUACGAGUAAACAUCCGAUUUUUUGCUUUAUUGUUAGCAGAACUUUCUGUUAUGUAGUUGCUGAUGACAUGAAUCUUCAGGUCAUAAAGAUAGUAUGCUAUUCUUAUCAUUAUUGCCACCCCAGCAACAAUUGAAUUUUGUUUUUCUUCCACAUUAAGUCAGUCGUGAAUGGAUACGCACCAUAACCCUGGGACCCUGGAAGCC